UUGUCCACUUCAUCCUCUCUGUCCCCCAGCAGGCUCUCCGUGGAGGCCCAGAACCCUCUGCUCCCCAUGGGCAGCUGCCAGGCAGGGCAUAACCUGUAUGUCUGUCUGGCCCACCAUCCACCUCUGGUCUGUGCCACUUUGAUCCUGCUACUUCUUGGCUUCUCUGGCCUGGGUCUUGGCAGAUUCCUUCUGACCAACCAGACUGGCCUGCGCAACCCUGACAUCCCUCAGGAUUGGGUCUCCUUCUUGAGAUCUUUUGGCCAGCUGACCCUGUGCCCUGUGAACGGGACAGUUACAGGGAAGUGGCAUGCUUCUCACGUCGUGGGUUUGCGGACUACCUUGAACUUUGGAGAUGGUCCAGACAAGAAUAAGUCUCAGACAUUCCAAGCCAAGGUCCUGGGUAGUCACAUGGGACUGAAAGGAUCUUCUGCAGGCGAGCUGGUCCUCGUUACAGCCAGAGUGACCACAGAAAGAACUCCAGGGACCUGUCUAUAUUUUAGUGCUGCCCCAGGAAUCCUGCCCUCCAGCCAGCCUCCCAUACCCUGCUCAGAGGAGGGCAUAGGAAAUGCCACUCUGAGCCCGAUGAUGGCUGAGGAAUGUGUCAGCGUCUGGAGCCAUGAAGGCCUCGUCCUCACGAAACUGCUCACCUCUGAGGAGCUGGCUCUCUGUGGCUCCAGGCUGCUGGUCUUGGGGUCCUUCCUGCUUCUCUUCUGUGGCCUUCUCUGCUGUGUCACUGCUGUGUGCUUCCACCCACGUCGAGAGCCCCACUGGUCUAGGACCCGGCUCUGAGGAGACUGGCCCAGUUCCCACUUGUUCUCAGGUCUGAAUCAAGUUCUUGGGCCUUGGUUCUGAGUUGGAAGAGAUGCUACAAAAAGUGAAGAGCUGGGAUGUGGAAGAAAAUAAAAGACUUUUU